GAGGAUGCAAAAGGGGUGAUUGCGCGUAGAGCUGGCGCAAGUUUUGCAACAAUGCGAUUGAAAAAACUAAAAUUGAGUGGUUCGAUGACUGAGAAUGGUGAUAUGGAUGUUGCUGUAAGCUUAGGAGUGUUCAUAAUGGACGAUGAACGGCGAGAAAGAACCAGAGUGCGACGUCUGCUAGAUAAAAAGGUUAUGAUGCACUUGAUUGUCUUUUUUUUCCAGCUCUCACAGGUGAUAUCAGCGAAUUUUGAUUGUACCUACGGAAUUACUUAA